UGAUAUUUGCUACAUGAACUCUGAGAUUCCUUAGCAAGGGGUAAGGUUGAAGCGACAAUAGAGAUCAUGUUUGGCUUGUAUUAGCGCCACAGCAGAUGCACUAAUGCAUUUUCAUCAGGGUGGACCGGCGACUAGCAGCGGACCAGCGGUGGAUGACGAGUUCGCCAGUAUGGUAAACGGGGCGGCUGCAGUUACCGCGCUGAAAUGCGUGGUUGUCGGUGAUGGCGCGGUCGGGAAAACAUGCUUACUGAUGAGUUAUGCCAAUGAUGCGUUCCCCGAGGAAUAUGUCCCAACGGUGUUUGACCAUUACGCAGUGAGCAUCAACGUCGGAGGAAAACAGUAUUUACUGGGACUGUAUGAUACAGCUGGGCAGGAGGACUAUGAUCGCCUGCGACCUCUGUCCUACCCGAUGACCGACGUCUUCCUGAUCUGUUUCUCAGUGGUGAACCCGGCCAGCUUCCACAACGCACGGCUGGAGUGGGUGCCAGAGCUGGAGGAGCAUGCCUACGGCGUUCCCUUUCUUCUCAUCGGAACUCAGAUUGACUUACGAGAUGACCUUAAGACCAUUGCCAGGCUGAACAGUAUGAAAGAAAAGCCCAUCUCAGCAGAGCAGGGCCACAAGCUGGCCAGAGAGGUGGGGGCUCGCUGUUAUGCUGAGUGCUCUGCACUAACGCAGCAAGGCCUGAAGGCAGUGUUCGACGAAGCCAUCUUCACCAUCCUCACGCCCAAGAGGAGGAAGAAGAAGGGGAAGGGCGUAAGGAAACCCAUGUGGCCUGACUGUCUCCACUGCUGUCCGAUCACAUGACCUGGGCAGGCGGAGAUGACGAGACCAGAGGCCGUGGAGAACUAGCAAGAUGGACGAUCUGGAUUGACCUCCAGGCUGUCAGUUUUCAGGGUUGGUUUAUUAUGAGGUAAAAAAGAGCCUUAUUAUGUCCUUGACCUUUAAACCCAAUGCAACCAGAUAGCACAACAAUGUGUGGAAAAGCACUGAAAAUGUUUGCACAGGAUUAUUGUUUUGGUGAACUUGUCUGGAGUACAGAAGGAACAUAAUAGAAAGAAGAUACUGUAUGUCCAGAAAGUGAAGCUAAUGGUUGAUUGUAGGGGGGCAAAGACCUGCAGUGGGCCCCUAUAUAUGUACUGUAUAGAAAGCCUUUAUUUUCCCCAUGUUGGUGUUUAUCCCAAACAGAUGUGCCAAAAGUAAAAGUAAGGAGUAAAUUCAUAGUGUGAGUUCAACACUAGCACAUGAUAUAACAUAGCUGUUACACCAGUUACUUCAUUGUAGCUAAUGAGGUAGGCCUACAAAACACCACAACUGUGAUCCAACUAGCGAGUCAGCUGAUCUGAAAGGAACAGUCCACCUUGAUUUUUACACAUUUGCAGUUUGUAUGUCGAAGCAUUAUCCGUGAAAGGGCAUAUCAUUUUCUUCUCAGUGUUUUGAGUAGGCCUACUUAGAUUUAUUGGUAUCAGAAUAGCAUAGCUUAGCAUAAUCACUGGAAGUAAACGGGAGCAUUAGCAUCAAGCCACAAGUGAUCCCUGGAUGGGAUUAAGUGGCUGUUUUGCACCGUGGUGAAUUUU